UGGAGGCAAGUGCUAAAUUUAACCCUGUGAUCCUGCAACAGGCAGAGGGGUUUAAAUGCCAGCCUACAGUUGCUCCACACCAGUUGUUCUCCACACGUCUUCCACUCAUCACAAACUCAGGCCAGGAGGAAGACAAGCAUACACUUGGACACUCCAACAUAAGCUCCAGAAGCAGGACAGAAGAAGACCGAGUCAAGCGUGGUUCCUAAGGGAAAGCGGGAUCCUUGCUCCUUCACUUUUAGACCACAGUUGCCCACCAUGGAGCUUUUCGAGACCAAUCCUUACUUCUUUCCUGACCAGCGCUUCUAUGAAGGAGGGGACAGCUACUUCCCCUCUCGCCUGCCCGGGGCAUACGACCAAACUGGGUACCAGGACAGAAACUCCAUAAUGGGUUUGUGCGGAGGCCUCCCUGGAGGUGUUGGAGUGCCAGCACCUGAGGACAAAUCAUCUCCAUCCAGUCUGUCACCUCACUCAGAGUCUCACUGCCCUGGGCAGUGCUUGCCAUGGGCCUGUAAGCUGUGUAAAAGAAAGACGGUGACCAUGGACCGUCGAAGAGCAGCCACGCUGAGGGAGAAGAGACGUCUAAAGAAAGUGAAUGAGGCCUUUGACGCUCUGAAGAGGAGCACCCUGAUGAACCCCAACCAGAGGUUGCCCAAGGUGGAGAUCUUGCGGAGCGCCAUCCAGUACAUUGAAAGGCUGCAGGCUCUGGUGUCCUCCCUCAACCAGCAGGACACAGAGACAGGGCAGCAGGGACUGCACUACAGACCCAGCCCGGCCCAGCCAAGAGUGUCAUCGUCAAGCGAACCAAGUUCAGGCAGCACCUGCUGCAGCAGCCCCGAGUGGAGCAGCACUCCAGACCAAUGCCCGCAAAGCUACAGCAGCGAGGAUCUUCUGAGUGUUGGUGACUCUCCAGAGCAGAGGAACAUGCGCUCCUUGACUUCUAUUGUGGAAGGCAUCUCUGCGGCUGACGGACCUGUGACCUUUUCUGUGGACAUUCCCAAAUAGAGCCUGUAACCUGCAGAACCAUCCAAGCAGAUGCUCAACUUCACAAACACAACAAAAAAUGAACAUUUGGCAAAUAUUGCAACAAAAAACCUAGGUUUCCUUUUUUUAUUCUGAUUUGAGUGUUUUAUCUUGUGCAAAAUUAUAAAAAUUUGUCAUUGGUUUGUAUUAAACUUUAUUGUUCCUUAGGUCUUCAAGCCAAAACCAAUUCUUCCUUUACACAAUGAGACCUCUUUUCCUUAUUGCCUGCCUUAUCCCAUAGUUCAGAGCUGUAGAUAACAGGAGCUCACCUGUCAGACUCAAGGAUGUUAUUGCAUGAACCAAAACACCUAAUUACCAUGUAUGCUUGCUUCCAGAAUCAAAGAUUCAUAUGACAAAGCUUGGUUCUUCACUUUACUUAAAUUAGAUGUUUCUCUUUUCAAAACCUUUCCCAAAUUUUUCCAUUCUUUUUGUGUGAAUUUUAAAUGUUUAAACAAAACAUGAGAUUGUUUGUGGGGCCAAUAUGUACCAUGGCAGUUUUGACCAAGAUCUGCUUAAUUUAAACAGGUUAUAAAUGCCAGUGAUGUAAAUAUGUUCCCUUUUUUUUCUACAGAGUGGUUUUGCAAUUUUAUUUUUUAUUUUUUUGCUAACUUAUUUUUGACUUUUAUAACUAAGAUUGUUGUGCAUUUGUAGAUGUUUUCAAAAGUGAUAUUUUCCUUUCAAUUCUUGCUAUAAAAAACCUUUUCAAUA